GGGGAAGUGAAUUCUUGAACCCAUCCCUUCCAUCAAUUUUCGACUACUGUAUUUAGAUAGAUACAAUGCUAUCUCUCCGUUUCGUCCGAGGACGCGCUACCCUCUCCACGCGAGGACUCGCCCGCUUCAGCACAAACAGCGCGUCCGACACCGAACCCGUCCUGAAGCUCCAGCAAGUGCCUGCGCCCGGAUCAGGACAUAUCCGCGUGUUACUUCUGAACCGACCACAGGCACGGAACGCCCUCUCAAGACAACUAGUGAGCGAGUUGAAUAGACAGAUCCAAGCCAUUGCUGCUGAGAAUGGGACGGGGCCGACGCGCGCGCUCGUCGUGGGGAGUAAUGUCGACGCAGCGUUUUGUGCGGGUGCAGAUCUGAAGGAGAGAGCGAAAAUGAGUAGAGAGGAGACGGUCGAUUUUCUUACGAAUCUACGCGGGACGUUCAGUUUGCUCGCUGCGUUGCCCGUCCCAACCAUCUCGGCUGUGUCGGCGAGCGCUCUCGGCGGCGGAUUAGAACUCGCGCUGUGCACGCAUCUGCGCGUAUUUGGGUCCAGCGCUCUCGUCGGACUGCCGGAGACGCGGCUGGCGAUCAUCCCCGGGGCGGGGGGCACGUAUCGGCUGCCCCGAUUGAUUGGGGCGACGAGGGCGCGCGAUCUGAUCCUCACGGGGCGGCGGGUGUCGGGUCCAGAAGCAUAUUUCAUUGGAUUGUGUGAUCGGUUGGUGGAUGUGGUGCCUGAGGAAGAGGCAGAAGGGGCAGGCCAGGCAGGUCAAAACGAAGCGGGCAGGGCACGGGAAACGGUGCUUCGGGAGAGCAUCAAGCUGGCGUUGGAUAUCUGUGAAGGAGGGCCUAUUGCUCUCCGGCAGGCUCUUCAGGCGAUCCACGGCUUUGAGAGGGGGGAGGCGGCCGAGAACGAGGCCUACGAGGGGGUUAUUGAGACAGAGGACCGGUAUGAGGCUCUCAAGGCGUUUGUGGAGAAGAGGAAGCCUGCGUUCCGGGGAAGGUGAUUCUGAAUUAGGAAGAUAUCAUGUUGAAUCUUUAUGACUCAAUUUUGACUCAUUUUGCUGUGUGUAUGGAUAUAGCAUCCAAUUAAUUCGUGGUAAAUGUCUGUUUCAUGGAUGCCCUAUCAUGUCAACAACACUGUUUACCCAGUAUCCUCGGUAUAGAGCCUAUUCACCAAAUACAAGAGAUCAGUUACUGCA